CGCUGGAUUCUGUGCCGCUGGUUGAUCAGAUGUGUUCCGUCAUUUUAUGUCAAAAUAGAAUGAAUGGUACAAAAAGUAUACAAUACAAUUUUACAACAAAAAUGUGAAUAUGACCUUAUCUAGACAAUAAACACGUGAAGCACCACAACCAAAAAAAAAGAAACACAUUAAAUGUGCGUAGCAACACGAGACAUAAUGGAUUGUAUGUUUGAGGCUUGUAUGGAGGCUACAUUAGAACCAGACGAUAUCCCAAAAACUACAGAACCCGUUUGGAUCCUAGGCAAAAAAUACAACGCAAUUCAAGAUUUGAAUAAAAUCAGGCAAGAUAUAGUCUCGAAAAUAUGGCUAACAUACCGUAAAAACUUUGUACCAAUUGGUGGUGAAGAAGGACUUACUUCAGACAAAGGAUGGGGCUGUAUGUUAAGAUGUGGUCAAAUGGUUUUGGCUAAUGCUCUGGUUACACUCCAUUUGGGCAGAGAUUGGCUCUGGGAUCCACAGACAAGAGACCCCACAUAUUUAAAGAUACUUAAGAAAUUUCAAGAAAGACGACCUGCCCCUUACUCCAUACAUCAAAUUGCUCUCAUGGGAGCAUCCCUAGGAAAAUCAGUUGGCCAGUGGUUUGGUCCUAAUACAGUAGCUCAGGUUUUAAAGAAAUUGGUAGCAUAUGAUGAAUGGAGUAGACUUGCUAUCCAUGUUGCAUUAGAUAACGCCAUAGUCAUUAGUGAGAUAAGAGAGCUAUGCUUAUAUCAGACAAAACUGGAUGGUACAAAUCUGUCUAGGUCAGAGUGGAAACCAUUAUUGUUAAUAGUGCCUUUAAGACUAGGACUAACAGAUAUUAAUCCCAUAUACAUUAACGGCUUACAAAAAUGUUUCCAGUUCAAACAAAGUUUAGGAGUUAUAGGAGGCAAACCAAAUGUAGCUUUGUAUUUCAUUGGUUGUGUUGGAAAGGAAGUGAUAUACCUAGACCCGCACAACACACAAAAAACCGGAUUUGUGGAAAAUAAAGAGACAGAGGAACAGAUUGAAGUGGACCUGACCUAUCACUGUAAAUACGCGUCUAGAAUCAAUAUGCUUAAGAUGGACCCAUCUGUCGCAGUGUGCUUUUUCUGUAAAACCGAAGCAGAUUUUAAUGACUUAUGUCUGAGGGUGAAGUUAGAUCUAAUAGAUCCAGAGAAAGAGCCAAUGUUUGAAGUGACUUAUAGUAAACCAGAAGAAUGGUCGCCAACAUUAGAAAAUGCUGUAGAGGCAGCUACAACAUCGUUUGCAGAUUAUCAAGGUGGGCAGCAAUAUGACUCGGAUCAAGAGUUUGAAAUACUUUAGUUAGCUAGACAUUCAUAAUACUAGAAUUUUUUAAAAAUAUUUGCGAACAUAAUAGCUAUUGGAUGCUUGGUAUGCUGUUUUGUUAUGCAUUUACAUGUUGUACAUACACUAAUUGUCAUUAUUUAUAUGUAUAUUACAUAAUGUUCUUUUUUAUGUGGAAACAACACUGUUUUUUAAGAAUAUCAUGUGUUAAAUAAAACACUGGAAAAGUUUAA